AUGUCGCAAGCACCAUCUGGAAACACGACGCAGCGGCUAAUCCGCGAGCUGAAAGAAUACCACAAGACGCCAAACGAGUCCCUGCUGCACCUCGGCCCCGUCGACGAAGAGAACCUACUAGACUGGGAAGCCGUAUUGAAAGGCGUAGAUGGAACGCCGUACGAGGGCGGCCUCUGGCACCUCCGAAUCGCAAUCCCACCAAACUACCCCCUAUCACCGCCGACAAUCCACUUCACGACGAAGAUCUCGCACCCCAAUAUCUCUUUCAGCGAUGGCGCCAUAUGUCUUACUCUGCUGACGACCGAGCACUGGAGUCCUGUGUAUACGCUGUCGACGACGCUGACUGCGAUUCAGCAGCUGUUGACGGAUCCGCAGCCGGAUUCGCCGCUCAAUGUUGAUGUUGCUGCUUUGUUGCGCGAUGGGGAUUUGGCUGGCUGGGAAAGUGUUGUGCGGUAUUGGACUGGGGAGGAAAGGUGGAAGGGGGCUGGGAGUGGGAGUGGGCGGUGA